AUGGAAUGAAGUAAAACAGAAGGCAAGAGCAGUGAUCAUAAACCAAAAGAUUCUAAAAUUAUCCAUAAGGAAACCCAUUUAAAAGAUCUUCCAGAAACACCAUAUAUUUCAUAUAUACCCAGGAAGGAGUGCUUGAGGACUUUUGACGUUUUAAAACAGGUUAAAUCUGACUCUACGAUAAAUCUACCAAUGCAACGAGGAAAUAUUAAUGAUAUUAAUGUAGUAUUAUGCCGGCUACCAGAAAACAAAUAUUUUUGUUAUUGCUGUAGAGCUUUUGAUGAAAUUGGGACUGUUUUUUGUAUUGAUUCUCACAAUCAUUUAGAGAUUUUUGAAUCUGAACUGGCCUAUUAUCAAUCAUUUUGCGUUUAUUGUGAUGGAUUUGUAUAUGUUCUAGGAGGAAAUAAUAAAUCUAGCCCAUUGAGCCAGUGUAUUAGGUUUAACUUAUUCAAAAAGAGAUGAGAACGUAGAGCUAAUUUUGUAAAUCAAAUUUAUUAUUAUUCAGGAGGGCAAAUUCAAGGAUUUAUCAUUUAUUCUGCUAUGAAUGGAGUUAAUAUUUAUGAUCCUUUUGCCAAUUCCCAUCAAGAAGUACUAUCUAAUUUGGGUUCCUUCACACGACGACUAUUUCAUAACGACUAUUUUUUUUGGCCUAUUUUUUUUUGGCCUAUUUUUUUUUUUUGCCUAUUUUUUUUUGGCCUAUUUUUUUUUCACCUAUUUGUUUUGGCCUAUUUUUUUUUGGCCUAUUUUUUUUGGCCUAUUUUUUUUGGCCUAUUUUUUUUUGGCCUAUUUUUUUUUUUCACCUAUUUUGUUUUGGCCUAUUUUGUUUUGGCCUAUUUUUUUUGCCUAGCCUCAUUCAUGAAGCUGCUGAGAGGACUAAAACCUUAUUGAGAAACAGAGACUUUUCCUUAUGCGAUUAAUAUUGAGUAAAUUAAUGGAAAAACUCCUAAUUAAAUCUAAAAUUCUCGAAAUUUUAAAAGCAAUGAAUUAGUAUUCAUGGAGUAAGAAAUCUGUUAAGGGUGCAUAUUUUGUUGGUUAAAUCGUUUAAAACACAUUAAAAAUUAUAUUAAAACAAUUAGUAUGGAAUUAUGCCCAAAUAUUAGUAAAAAAUAGUUAAAAAAUUGCCAAAAAACUAGGCCAAAAAAAAAUAGGCCAAAAAAAAAUAGGCCAAAAAAAAUAGGCCAAAAAAAAAUAGGCCAAAAAAAAAUAGGCUAAAAAAAAUAGGCUAAAAAAAAAUAGGCCAAAAAAAAAUAGGCCAAAACAAAAUAGGCCAAAAAAAAAUAGUCGUUAUGAAAUAGUCGUCGUGUGAAAAUACGUCUAAUCUGUCCAUUUCCAAGUUGGUUUUUGCAGGAAAUUGCAAAGGGUACUGUCUAGAGUUUUCUGGAGGGAUUUAUGAAAGUGAUUUUAAUAAUAUUUUUGCUUGGAAGCAUGUGGGGAAGCUUUAUUUUAAGUUUUCACCAUUGCUGGGAUAUGAAGUUUGUAUCCAAAAUAAUAUUUAUUUCACUUGCUGGCCAUAUGUUUAUAAAUUUAGCUUGAAUAAGUACACUGUUGAGGAGUAUUUUAGCUUUGAAAACCCUGAAUCUUACUUAAAAGCUAUAUAA